AUGGUAGCGGAGCGUGGCCGAGGCAGGAUCACCUUCCGUGUCCCUGUGAUCCUCGGUCACGCUGCCGUGGCGGGAUCCGCGGCGAUGGAGGCCCUCACGGAGCGCGUGCGUCCCAUGGAGGGCGAGGUGACACGACGCCGCGAGGUGCUUGCGGAGAACGAGAAUCUGCGGCGGAGACUGCACGCCGCGGAGCAGCGUUUGGCGAUGGGCGAGCGGCGCGCUGGAGACCGCGACGGCGGCACAGCCGCAGCAGCAGCACCCGGUCCGAGCAGCGGACAGGUCGUGGGCGCGAGACUGCUGAACAAGCCGCGGACGUUCACAGGCUUGCACUCGGAGUGGAAGAUAUGGUCGUUGGACUUCGAGGCCUACGUGUUCGCUCACUCCCGACUAGGGGACCUGCUCAAGCAGGCGUCGAGAACGGCGGGUGUGCUGGCGGCGCAGACCGAGCUGGGCGCCACACUCAACACACAGUUGUACUACAUCCUGGUCUCGGUGACGUCGGAUGUGGCCAAGGUCGAGGUCAGGAAAGCCCCGCGAGGAGACGGGCUCGCUGCGUGGUGGCGCCUGCUUCGAGAGUUCGCGCCGAGGGGGGCGAACAGGUUCGCGGCCAUGCUAGGUCGGAUCAUUAUAUACGAGUUUGCGGAUCCCGUGAUGACGAACUUGGCGGAGUUCGAGCAGCUCGUCAGGGAGUGCGCGGACCAGAGCGGCGAAGUGAGUUCGGACAACAUGAAGCAGGGUGCGAUCAUGUCGGGCAUCAAGAACGAGAAGCUGGCGGAGCCCCUCAGCUUGAAUGCUUCGCUCUUGGUCACGUGCGAUGACCUGAAGAUGGAGCUGAAGACGAUUUCCUCAUCGCAGCGACGUUGGGCAGCAGCGGAUUCUGGAGGCGACGGCGUAGUGCCGACGCAGGUCGAUGCAACCGGUGAAGGCAAGGGCAAAAACGGCAAGGGCAAAGGCAAGGACGGCAAAGGAAAGAAAGGCGACUCCAAGGGGAAGAAGGGCGACUCCAAGAGGAAGAAGGGCGACUCCAAGGGCAAGGAUCGAGAGACCCGCAGUUGCCACUACUGCGGAAAGGCUGGCCACCUCGCGGCCGACUGCCGCAAGAAGAAGGCGGACGAGAAGAAGGGCAGGAAGGUCGCAUUGCUGACAGACGCGACCCAGGUGCGGCCUUCCGCCUCGACGGCAACGACGGCGCUGAAAGGGGGCAGCACUGACUCGCAGAGCAGCUUGGCCCCCGCGAUCGACGUGUCUCACGUGGCAGCAGUCCUAGCCCACAUGCAGUUGCAACAGCAGCGGAGUCCACCUUCGACGAGCGCUACCGUUCACAUCGCGAACAUCCAGGUGGCAGGCGACGCUGACAUCCCGACGCUUGCGGAGUACUACUGGCAGGUCGACGUGAUGUGCGCCACGACGCAGUGCGAUGCGCUGCCAGUGGCGGUCGGCGACUCGGUGGAGUUCGACUGGGCGCUCUUUGAUACAGGCUCAGGGCUCACCACCUGCCCGCAGGAGUUCGCGAACAUGACCGAGAUGCUUCCGCCCAAGAAGCUGCCGCUUUGCGAGUCGGCGACUGGCGACGAGGUCACGUCCAUGGGCGCGAGGAUUCUUGCAGCCGAGAGCGACGGAGUACCUCUUCAGAUCGAGUUCCAGGUCACGAAAGUGAGGUGCGCCAUCGUGAGCGCCGACGCCUUCACGGAUGGAGGUCAUGUCCCGAUCCUCGGCGAGGACCCCUACAUCCUGCUCGCGGACGGCCGCGAGAUCAAGCUGUACAGGCUCAGCCAGACCAGGAAGGAGAUCAACGUGAGGGCGAUCGACGACAGCGAGAAGACGGAGCGCUACUGCGGGUUUCUGGAGAAGCCGCGGCGGCUAAGGCGACAGGCGGACCCCGGCCGCCUGAUCCCGCUGGUCUGCGUCGACUACUUGUUCCUCGGCGACGUCGAAGGCGACCCCCUCGCGGCGGUACUGAACAUCCUGGAGUACCAGUCGGGCGCGAUCGGGUGCGCGCAGAUGGCCGUGAAGGGGCCUGCGGACUAUGCAGUAGCAGUGACGACGGCGGCGAUGCGCAUGUGGGGCCUCGACCGAGCGAUCUGCGAGUCCGGCGAGACGGUGAUGUAUCAGAUCCAGAACGUGGCCCACCGCAAGGCGGAGAUCCGCUGGGGCAAAGCCGUCUGGGCCGGGAAGGACAACCGCACGGGCGAGCACCUCCUAGCGACCGCUGCUGGUCGGAAGACGGCGAGAACGAUUAACGGGCGAGUUGAGGACCAGCGAUGGUCCAGGAGCCUGUUCAACAAGGUCGAGUGCAUGCCGUGGGACGCUCGCGCAGGACCUGGGGCAGCGCCGCCUCCCCCGCGCCGCCGCUGCAUCGCGAGGGCCAUCAUCGAUCGAGUUGGACCUGCGCCUGGUUGCGACGGCAGCUACGGGCUUGGUCACCCGCGCACCGAGUCCUGCAGAGACCGGAUCGAGAGCCUGCUGAAGGAGGAGGAUAUCAGCCUGCUCAGCCUGCGCCCGCCGACGAGCAACCUGCACCAGCAGCAUCGGCUCCAGCGCCGCCUGCUGUCCUGCAUGGCCCAGAGGCAGAUCAAGGCGGGCGACCUCGCAGCGCAAGAGCAGCAGGACGGAAUGGUGCUCGGGACGAUCAAGAUGGACUGGAACGGGACCGUGGCGACGGAGAAGCCGAGGAGGAAGCAGAAGGUGAUCGCGGGCCUGUUUGUCCACGUGGCGACCGCAGUGCUGGCGCUGACGUGCGGCGCCAUUCCCUACGACAGCGAAACGGACGCCAACAAGCACAGCCUCUACGACAGGGAGUCGCCAUGCCAGAACGUGUUCGGGGCUAGGUCAGGCAGGAGGCUGGGCCCUUCCUUGGUGAAGCAGGGCAGGGAUAAGGAGCACAGGCAGAUGGAGGAGUUCCAGGUCUUCGACCGCGUGCCUCAAAACUUCGCGAAUGGCAAGCGCGUCCGCUGGAAGUGGGUCGACGAUGGGCGCUACGACGACGACGGCAGGGAGUCGGUCAGGUCGCGCUUCGUGGCCAUGCAGUUCGCCUGGGACGUGCGGGACGACAUUUUCGCAGGCAUGCCGCUGCUGGCCGCGUUCAGGCUGGUGGUCUCCUUCGCAUCAAGCCUCUACUCCAUGGGGAUCGGCUGCGACGGCAUGCUCGCUCUCUACGACGUGUCGGUGGCGCCGCCCAAGGGAGAGGAGCCCGAAGGCAUCGUGUACCAGCUGAGGAGGGCACUCUGCGGCACCAGGAGGACCUCGUUCUUGUUUCAGAACCUGAUCAUGGGGGUCAUGGAGAAAGGAGGCUUCGUCCGCAUUAAGCAUGUGGAGAUCCUGGUCAGCACCAUGCUCAGCAGGAAGACCGGCGAGAGCAACACCACCAAGCGCACGAUCACCCCGUCUUCCAAGACAACCGGGAAGGACUGCAGAGAGUCAUCCGACGAGCUCAGCACGGAGUACGCGGCCAUCUACCGCAGCAUGGCGCCUACCGCACUCUACCAAGCCGUCGGCUACCUCAUGAGGGGCAUGGUGGCACCGACUUGGCACCAUUGGCUGCUGCUUGAAGGCGUGGCCGUGGAGCAGCACCCGCAGUUCGAGCUCGUCUUCGAUCUCCAGAGGAUGCCGAAGGUUAUCGUGGCGGAGGUCGACAGCGACUGGGCAUCAGAGCCUGGUCGGAGUUCCAUGGACGGUGGCUUCCUGUUCAUCGGUUCGCACCUGAUCGACGGCUGGAGCGGCCAGCAGGGCCGCCGCGCCCUGAGCAGCGCCGAGGCGGAGUUCACGGGCAUGGUGAACGGAUCGGCGGGGGGCAUUUGGCUCCGCAGCGUGAUGUUGGAGAUGGGCUUCGAAGUGACGCUGCAGGUCAACGCGGGCAGCUCUGGGGCCAAGGGCGUUGCAUCGCGCCUCGGAUGUGGCAAGGUGCGCCACCUGGAGACGAAGUACCUCUGGGUGCAGGAGAAGGUCAGGGAUCGGACCAUCACGAUGGCGAAGAUCCACGUGGAUGUCAACAGGGCCGACAUGCAGACAAAGCCGCUGGAAGGGCCGAGAUUCCUGAAGCUGCUGGCGUCCCUUCCACAUCGGACACCGUCCUCAGGGCGCAUGCAGGUGUUCGGAGUCAUGCUGGCGGCCGCCAUGCUCGGUGGAGUUCAGGGCUCGGCAGUCUUUCCAUGCAACCAGGCGGUGAUGGUGGUGGGCAGUUCGACCGUGGCGGAGCGGACCUGGACGACGAUGCUCACAGUGAUGUUCGGCUCGACGUUGGCGAUCGCAUUCCUGGCGACGUGGAUCGUGUGCCGUAUAUACAAGGCGCCGUUGCGGUUCCUGAAGGGCUUGUGGGGGCUCGUGAAGGCCGACGAGGGCGAGAACGUACUGGUGGCGCGUCCACCGGUUGAGGAGGAGCAUGAGCAGCCAACCGACGGGCUGGAGAUCGAGGACUGCUGGCGGCCAAGCCGGCACACGCAGACGGCGCCCGUGCCGCGCUACUGGGCGUGGAGCGCAGUGGACCUUAGAGCGGAGUGCGAGCGCCUGAGGAUCUUCCACGGCCAGCUCAAGGCGCAGAUGAUCGUGGACCUGCUCAUCGGAGCAGGGCGCAAGUGA